UCUGGAAUGCGCUGCGAGCUCUCACUGACUACUACUACAUUCACGGAAGGUUUUAAGAAAACGUUUAACAAGAUUACAGUAUGAGUGAAACCGGUCACCAACAUAGUACAGGUGACCCUAGCACCAUUGCUGACAACUUGCCCACAGAUCAACAAGAAACUGUAGGUCGGCAUGCAAGCAAUUCCUGUUGGUCUGGUAGUUCUUUACAAUCUGUGGAGACCAUGGAGGAGAUGCAGAGAGAUUGGACCGAGUUAGUAACCAACAUCCAGGUUGCAGCAGAUGCUAGGGAGUCCCAGUGUCGGGCAGAUAUGUUUGAGGCCGGCAGACUCAGGGUGGAGAAACUGGAAAAUGAGGCCAAGUCAAGCCUGGAGAAGUGUGAGGAAAUCAUCAGGAAGUGGACGGUGACCAAGGUGAAGGAAUUCCCCCAGGACCUGAGGGACAGUCUGAACAGCCAGCAGCAACUGUGUGCCCGGAUCAUAGAGGACAAAAACAAAGUAAUCCAGGAGCUACAGCAGGAGAUAAAAUUAAGCGACGACUGCUUUGUCAAGGAUCGGAAGACACAGGCAGAACAUAUGGACCUCAUAAUUGACAGGAUGGAGGAGCAGGUCAAUUUCUUGAUGGGCUCCUACAGGGAUGAACUGGUCCAGUUUGAGAAUUCCCUUGAGCAGGAGAGGAGGAUUCUUUUGACGGGGAACAGGAGGAAAUGGGAACAGCACAUGGAGGAGCGUCGUCACAAAGAGUUGGAGAAUGCUAUGCAGAGAAUGAGGAGAGUGGAAGAAUAUGACAAGUCACUCCAGCAGCUGAGGACAUCCGAAGCAGAGGACCUGAUCAAACUGGACACAGAUCAGAAGAUGCAGCAAAUUAAGGCCACAUUACAACUGAGACAGGAGACACACCAUUAUUGCUUAGAGGUGAUGAAAAAUAUAGAUGGAGACAACACCAUUGUGAAAUCCCUGAUGACGGAAAAAAUCAACAGAUGGCAGGAUGUUGUGAGCAGGCUGAAGAUCAAAUGUGCCAAUGAAGAGAAGCUGGCUUGGGAGGUGUACCAGAAGCUUACUGAAGACUACAAGCUCAAAAUGCAGCAGUACAAAGACCUGCAGAAGAAGAAGCAGUUAGCGGCUAUCCAUGCCAAGAGGUUUGAGGAGAUUUGGCUGAUGAACAAGGAGGAGGUCAAGGCGCUGGUGACAAAAGCCCUGGACACAGACCGGUUAAUCCACGAACAGCUGCUGGGUCUGUCUUGGCAGCCCCCGCCGUUGGGCUUCAUGGAACAAUGUGGCUCCCUAAAGAACCAGAGACAGGCACAGAGCACUGCGUGCCAGACUGCUGCCGAGCUGCUUCGGCCUGAAGGGACCAGUCCAUGUCACCUGGGGAAGUACAAGGAGGCUAGCGCUGGACCUAGAGAUGUCUGUGAAUCAGGAGCAGGGCAGGAGACUGGGAGCAGCAAGACCAAUAGGGUUGGAAGUGGGGGAAAGAACAGCGGGACAGUCUUGGUCAAGAAGAUCCAGGAGCUGCUGUGCGACAAGGCGGGUUUUCUGAUAGAGAGUCAACUUUUUAAGAUUCUCUCUCCGCUAGAGAAGGACGAACAGUGUCUCAUGAAGAUGGACUCCAUCUUCACUGCCAUGGGAAUUGAGAGCAAGGAGGAUGUGCACAAGCUGGCAAUGUUUUUCACAAAUUACCGGCAGCCGCAAGGGGAUCCUUACCUUACCCAGGAUGUGUCUGCCAGAUGUGGAGCUGUGGCCAGUUAUCAGGAGGAGGCAGGAGAGCGGAGCUACUGCAGUCCAACAUCUGACCUAAUGAACCCCAAUGAUGUUCUUGUGGCCCUGAAGGCCUUCACUGCCUAUCACUGUCGGCAUAGUGAUGGACACGAUUGUGUUUCCAGAGAGGUGGUUGCCCCUAAAGAUCCCAGUAUGCUGGCUGUAGGAGGGAGGGAUAACUCUGAAGAUGCAGCCUACUGGAAGGCCAUGGCUGACGUCAUCCCAGAGGCCAAGCUCAAGGUCUGGGAUGCCCUGGAGACAGCACUCAACAAAUAUCAUGUUGUUCUGACCGAUAAGUCCAAGCUCAUCAAAGACACACAACGUCUAAGGCAGCAGAAUGCAGAGCUACAAAAGCUGCUGCAACAACAAGCCAACUCCAGGGUCAGACCUGGGCAAGAUAAGGUCCACGGGAUGGAUCCAGCCCGUUAAGUCGUUCUAUCCGGCCCACGGUGACGGAGACACUUCUUGCCGGGAUGAUUUCGGAGUGUGUAUAGUUUGUGUCAGAGGCCGUCCUGGAGCUCAUCAUGCCUGCAGUUGUACGUUUUCUUAAAAUACACGGGCCUCUGCCUCCAGUGUUGACCAAACAAAGCAGCCAUGUCAAGGUCUGACAGGCAAAAAGUCACAUUGCACAGAUUUUAUGGGUUCUAUACCAGGCACUCCAAUCCCAAAUGUGUUGAAAGUGAUCAUUAGGAGUUUGGUCAUUGACAUGGGUAAUUCCUCAACCUCUUCC